GUUCAGUUGUCACUUUCGCAAACAGCCCCACAACGGAGGGCUACGGACCCGCACGGCCCUUUAAAAAGGCUAAAGCUAGCCUCUAAACCCGUCGAAGUAGCCUUUUUCCCACACGUCCAAACACGGCGGUAGCUCGUCCCACUGGAAUAGAUUCAUAAUUUGUCCUCCGGCGAGGGAUAGCGAGAGAACAGGGCAUUUUGACUGUGUCCUUCCUGUUCGGCUCAGCUCUUUGUUUUUCAGCGCUUCGCUCGAGCAGGCGACCAGUAGCGCCCCCGCGCGAGCCAACCGGAAAGAGCCCAAGGAUAGGGAGCCCGGCGAGCGGCCGAGCCUCUUGCCUCCCGUGCGACGUGGGUCCGACUUGCUCAGCAGUCCGAUGCGGAGUGAGGAUGAGCCCCGCUCUGGAAGCCCUCAUGCAGGCGGACGGGACUCCUUUUCCCGGGAAAGGGGUGAUGCUUGAGCCCUUCGUGCACCAGGUGGGGGGCCACUCCUGCGUGCUGCGGUUCGGGGAGCAAACUAUCUGUAAGCCCCUCAUCCCGCGGGAGCACCAGUUCUACAAGAACCUGCCCCCGGACAUGAGGAAGUUCACCCCUCAGUAUAAAGGUGUGGUGUCGGUCAGUUUCGAGGAGGAUGAAGAAGGGAACCUGUGCCUCAUUGCCUACCCCCUCCACAGCGAAUCUGGAGACCUAGAAAACAAGGAUCCCUCAAUAGACUGCGAGCCCAAGAGCAAGAUGCUGAAGUGGAGCAAGAAGAAGCAGCCUGCGCUGCUUCUGGAGAACGACAACUACAGCAAAGAACGAGCCCGACACAGUCGCAAAGAAGACAAGAUCAUGAGUUACAACCGCGACGAGGUGCAACAGCAGCCGCAGGCGGAGGUUUUGUACUUCAGCCUGGAGAAAGGCAACGUGGUUCCUCAGAUCAAACACAACCCCUGGAGUCUUAAAUGUCACCAGCAGCAAUUACAAAGGAUGAAGGAGAACGCAAAGCACCGUAACCAAUAUAAAUUUAUCCUCUUGGAGAACCUGACAUGGCGCUAUGCAGUACCAUGUGUCUUAGACUUGAAGAUGGGAACUCGCCAACACGGGGACGAUGCAACAGAGGAGAAAAAAGCCAAUCAAAUCCGCAAAUGUCAACAGAGCACAUCUGCUUCCAUUGGAGUGCGACUGUGUGGCAUGCAGGUUUACCAGUCCGACUCAGGCCAGCUGAUGUUCAUGAAUAAGUACCACGGGCGUAAGCUGACCCUCGCGGGCUUUAAGGAGGCGCUCUACCAGUUCUUCCACAAUGGCCGUCGCCUGCGUCGGGAGCUGCUCUCCCCCGUCCUCCGCAGGCUGCGGGAGAUGCAAGCUGCUCUGGAGGCUUGCGAGUCCUACCGCUUCUACUCCAGCUCCCUCCUGAUUAUCUAUGACGGAGACCCUCCCAGGGCUCCCACUAGACCCAGACACCGGGGUGGAGAGGAGGGUGACGAGGAUGAGCCCUCAGAUGAAGAGGAGGACGAUGACGAAGCGGGAGGAGCCUUCAGUUUCCCUCGUUCCUCCUCUGGCGGCGGCGGUGCAGGCGUGGCCGGAGGGAGCAGCAACAGUGGCGGCGGGCGCUCGUCCCACAGCGCAGGAGACAUCAGCAGCCCCAUGGUGGACGUGCGCAUGAUCGACUUUGCCCACACCACCUGUCGGCACUAUGGGGAAGACAGCGUGGUGCACGAAGGCCAGGACAGCGGUUUCAUCUUUGGCCUCCAGAAUCUCAUCACGAUAAUCUCCCAGCUCGAGGAUCACAGCACUGACUGAAGCUGCACAGGAGCCAAGAUGGUCUGAAUUUCAAAGCUGGCAAGGGCUCGCUGAGCUGGAAGCCUGCCAGCCCACGGUGCAAAGUCCUUACGCCAACACGCAGGUCUGAGCCUCCUCUGCUUGGAUGGAUCCUCAGACCCCGCAGCGUCAGGGGGGAGUCAGAGUGGGCGUCGUGCUCGCUCCCUUCUUGCUAGAGGACAGGGCCGCCUGUGCCCUUACUUGCACUUUUCUCCCUCUGAGACUGCUUCGGUUCUUGUCGUACAUGGUAGAAAAAUGGUUGCAUGAGACGGAGGUCUGUCAGCGCAGGGACUCCUGUAGCAUCGCAGCACGCACACCCUCCGCUCCUCUUCUGGUACCGCGAGACUCUUCAUUAAGUUCUCUCCGAGAGAGAAAGAUAAACGCAGAAGUAAUUGAAGUGUAGUGGUAGGAGCCUGACAUGGUGCUUUACCUGUGAUAGUUUGUUUUUUUGUGGAUGGAGUUGAGCUGCCCCAACAGAACAGCACAUUAUUAGUAGACUGUACAUGCUGACCAUGGCUGGCUAGGUCAGCUGCCUUGUAGAAAUCCACACCUUACGCUUCUGAUAAGGAAACUGUGUUUAUUUGUAUCUUUUAAGGCGCUUGGAACAGUGUUUGUGUCCGCUGGGCACUCGGAUUUACACUUAUAGGUGGAAGAACAAAUUUCUUUAGGUCUAGAAGAAGGGACAGUUGUUCUCCCCUGUGCUUUUUUUCCUAUAAACAAAAUAUUUUCUUGACAAGGGGAUUGCAAAGGGGAUAAGGUCCUUGUUUUGUCACUGUCUUUGUUCUUGUUGUUUUUAUUUCUCCUUUUCAUUCCUGAAGCUAUGACUAAACAAAGAAUAUAUUGAUUUAAAACACUAGCUAAAAAGACUAUAUAGAAACUAUUUAUUUGAAAAUAUUGUUUAAAGGUUUUUAUAAUGGAAACUAGUACAUUCCAUAUUGCCACUCUAAAUGUUCUAAUAUCGACUUUGAUUUGUUUUGUUACUACAAGAGUCAGUACUGCUCUUGUAUACCUGUGUGUUAAGUGUCUUGGGAAAUAAAUGCAUUCAUUUGUGUUAAAAACUA